AUUUUCUUGAUGUAAUGAAUGAAUGGAAAGAGGAAUCUUAGGACAGUAUCUAUAAUUCUGGGAUCCCAAACGGCGAGUGAUUAGAAGUCAGCAAACAAUCGGUAUUUUAAUCUUUUAGAUACGUCUUGUAGUGUGCAAAGUUGGGGCCGGCAAAUAAUGAAAUAACUUUUGUGUUUGGACGUUGACGCUCUGAUGACGUUUGACGAAAGCAAAUUUAGAAAUAUUAAUAGCCAACCAUCUUGCAAUCGAGAACUACAAGAGUUUCAAUCAAUGGCAAUGGCGUCUACACUACCUGCUGGGGACGAAGAAACGCCACUUGUGCCCGAUGAUAAUUCGGCCAUCGAAGCUCGCAAGACCCACCACUCCACGGAUAUUCACAUCCUGAGCUUGGCCUUUCUCUUGGUCUUUCUCGCCUUCGGUGCCGCUCAGAAUUUGCAGAGCACUCUCAACACUGAGGAUGACUUGGGUACCACCACACUCGGGAUCUUGUAUUUGUCUUUCACAUUCUUCUCCGUGGUUGCUUCUUUGGUGGUGCGAGUUCUCGGCUCCAAGAACGCUUUGCUUAUUGGGACUACUGGAUAUGUGCUUUAUGUCGCUGCCAACUUGAAACCAAAUUGGUAUACAUUGGUUCCUGCUUCUGUGUAUCUUGGGUUUUGUGCUUCCAUAAUAUGGGUUGGAGAGGGAACAUAUCUCACUUCUGCUGCACGCAGCCAUUCUACAGAUAACAACUUGCAUGAAGGUGCAGUAAUUGGUGACUUUAAUGGGGAAUUCUGGGCUGUGUAUGCACUCCACCAGUUUAUUGGAAAUCUUAUUACAUUUGCUCUACUGAGUGAUAAUCAACAGGAGGGAAGUACCAAGGGCACAACUUUAUUGUUUAUUGUAUUCCUUUUCAUUAUGACCUUUGGUGCAAUACUAAUGUGCUUCUUGCGCAAACGGGGUGCUAAUAGCAAGGGACAACAAGAGCUUUCAGGUGCAGAUGCUGGCGCAUGUGCAUCCUUGAAGUCUCUAUCUAAAUCACUUGCCAGUGCGUUGUCUGAUGUAAAGAUGUUGUUGAUCAUACCCCUUAUUGCAUAUUCAGGUCUACAACAAGCAUUUGUGUGGGCUGAAUUUACCAAGUAUGUUGUAACUCCUGCAAUUGGUAUUUCUGGUGUGGGUAGUUCAAUGGCAGCAUACGGGGCUUUUGAUGGAAUAUUUUCUCUGCUUGCUGGUCGUCUCACCUCUGGUCUCACAUCUAUUACAACAAUAGUUUCUGCUGGACUUUUUGCUCAGGCAGUCGUAUUAGUCUUACUUCUGCUAAAUUUCAGCAUAAGUAGUGGAUUGCUUGGUACUGUUUACAUACUCUUCUUGGCUGGUUUAUUGGGCAUCGGUGAUGGAGUUUUAAUGACACAACUUAAUGCAUUGAUUGGAAUACUAUUUAAGCAUGACACGGAAGGGGCUUUUGCUCAGCUAAAAAUAUGGCAAUGCGCUACAAUUGCUAUCGUGUUCUUUUUCGCCCCGCUCGUCUCGUUCAAAGCCGUGCUUGUGAUUAUGCUUGCUCUCCUUUGCUUCUCAUUCUGCAUUUUCCUAUUGCUUGCUCUGAAGGUCGGGAAGACAUCAUCACCCUCCACCAGUCAGCGAAUUUAAAACUGCUUAAACUGUAGAUUUUUUGUAUACAAUCUCAGUCUGUCUUUCUCGCGUGUAGCACGUCCACUCUGGACUAUGUCUUUAUUUUUGUGGUGAAAUUUCGGUCAGUUGAAUGAGCUUGUACAAAUUGUGACAAAUCAGUGUGUUUGGUAACACAUUUGUUACCGCUCUGGUUGGACGUGGUUCCGCGAAGCAAUUAAUAGUUGCUUUUGCAUUGUUUUUUUUACGUGAAUUUCUCAUAAACAUGAAUUCCCAAUGGCCAAUACUAAAGCAAAUACGCAUUAUAAGUUA